AACAACAUCCAUGAUGCUGCUCGCCACUGCGCCUGCGCAGACGGGAGACAGCUGAUAACUCAUCUAUUAUGCUACUUCGCUAAAUAAAAAAAUCUUCCAGAAAAGUGACCGGAGGCCGCCGCUGGACGCACCGGAGGACCGAGACACAAAGUUGUGCGAUGGGAGUUUGUCUCCUCGGGGGAAACAUCGAGCUGAAGAAUCAACACCAACAACACCUGAACUGAACACACACUAACACACAUCUGUGUGCCCCCCCCCACACACACACACACACACACACACACACCCACACACACACACACACACACACACACACCCUCGGCACACAGAGGGAGUUGUUUUUUCACCUUCAGGUCAGACACUGCCGUCCCACAGUGCAUUGCUGCGUCACCGUCGUCCACCAUGUCGGACGCCCCCGAGGCUGCGCCCCCCAGCCCCCCCACCCUCACCAACCCGGCCCCACCUGAGGUCACCAACCCCACCAAACCCGGCAGAAAAACCAACCAGCUGCAGUACAUGCAGAACGUCGUGGUGAAGACUCUGUGGAAGCAUCAGUUCGCCUGGCCCUUCUACCAACCUGUGGAUGCCAUCAAACUCUGCCUGGCAGUACGUUACCACACACACCAGACGCACACCUGUCUCACUGCACACACCUGUCUCACUGCACACACGCCUGAUUAUUCAACAGGAAGUAGUAACAGCCUGUACCUCACGAUUAAUAAAUGA